GCCCAACCAGGUGCCUGCUGCUGGCCUGGAGCAUUCCAGCCUGGAUAGACCACCAUGGUGGGCACCACACUCCUGCUUCUGGCCCUGCUCCCUGGGACCGCCACUGUGCUCAAUGAACCACUUGCACUCCCGUUCCCUGGGGCACCUGGCCCCUGGCUGCGCAGACCCCUUUUCAGUCUGGAUUUAUCAGACACUGAGGAUUCAUUCCCUCGCCGCACUGGACCACUGGAGGUUCCAGCCGACAGCCAUGUGUUUGUGCAGGUGCGGGCGCCUGAAACACCGAGGGUGGGUGGGGUUAAAUGGGGACCGGUCGACCUUGAUGGCGCGUUGGUCCCUCAGGCGGCUCUGGCCCGUCCUUCACCGAAAUGGGGCCUGGCCCUGCACCGCUGCUCCCUAACGCCUUCCUCACGCCCGGCCCUGGGGCCUGCUCUGGUGCUUCUACGUGGGGGCUGCCCCGCCGACGCCUCUGUCAGCUUCUCACCACCUCCACACCCGGAUGCUGCUCGCUCCGCACGCUUCAGCUUCCGCCUGCGCCCGGUUUUCAACGCCUCAGUGCAGUUCUUGCACUGCCAGAUAAGCCGUUGCCGUCGCAGCCAGCGCCACCGGGCUGUCCGCCAGACACCGACGCCUCUGACCCCGCCGGCGCCUUCGCAGUGUCUGCCUCAGGAUGAGGCAUGCGCGGGCAGCGGUGAGAGCCUUGGUACCGACAGCCCGCUCCUGCACACUCUGACGCAGCCCAUCGUGGUCACAGUACCUCGUCCGCCCCCUAGGCCGUCCAAGAGCAUCCCAGGCAGGGCCCUGCGCCCCGAGCCAUCGGCUCCAGCCGCUGCAGCCUUGGAGCCGGCACCAGUGGUGGCGUUGGUGUUGGCGGCAUUCGUGCUGGGUGCUGCACUAGCUGCAGGGCUCGGUCUCGUCUGCGCACAUUCAGGUACCGACUUCUGUCCCGCCAGAACCCCACACCUAUUUCCACACGUCCAGACAGCCUACUGCCCCAUACACCCCUCCUCCCCCAAAACAUCCUGCGCGCCCUAAAACGCCGAACUUCUCUCUCGGAUCUGGCCCUCAGGGCUAGUACACCUGCUGCAGCUCCCACCAGGGGGCGCGCUUACCCUGGCACAACGCACAGGCAACCCCUAUUUUAGCCCGCUUCUUCUUUCAGCACCUCCAGCCCCAGGCCAGCCUCUUAGAGCUUCGCCCAGCGGCCCUCAGCUCCAGAGGCCCUCAUAGGCAGGUAAGCACAGAGUGCGAAGAUCUGAAGCAAGAGCUAGAAGGUGAUGGUAAGGGUCCUUCACGGACCUAACUCACUGGGCUCCAAAUAGUUUGAAUAUUCAUUUAGUCUUUUGAACAACCUUCAGGCGGCUACUUUUACCUUUUCCAUCAGAGAUUUUCUUAAAAAAAAAAAAAAAAAAAACGGCACUUUUUGUGAGGUUAAGUAACUUGUCAAGGUGGAGCUGGAAGUUGAAUGUGGGGCAUGGGGUUACCAGCAGUGAAGAAAGGAGGUCUUUAAGACUUGAACAGGCACUAGGUAAGAGUUAGGGAUAAGACUCAGUUCCUAGUCUCCCACCUGUGCAGAGACUGAUGGAGGGAGCCAAUGUCUGCUGGGAAAAUGUUGUGACCCGAGAGGUGAUCUCCCAUGCUGAGCCUCUGCCUCCUCUAGAGAUGCUACAACCCAGUGAAGUCCUCCGAUGCAUCCAGUCAUGGAUUCAGAACCUUUUGGAAGGACUUCUGCACGUCUCUCCUCCAUCACCCCCUUCUCGUCUUUACUCCCCUGGUUCAAAAUAAACUGCUGACCUGCCUGCUAA